AUGGAGCAGGCCGACGGCGAUGCCCAUCACCGCCACGACCGCCCACUUUCGCGAGAUGAGAGCGAUCUUGUCUUGACAACAAAUGCCAUUGCUGAGGAAUUGAAUCAGCUCUUAAAAAUGCCAUCUUCACAGUCUCGGCCUCAGUUCAGAGAGUCGGCGGCGAGUCAAGAUACUAUCCGCCCGACUGCCACUCCUCCCGUCGACAUACCAGCCGCGACCGAGCAUCCUACAGCUAGAGACGCCUCUUCCGAUACAUCUUCCUACAUCCAGCAGUAUAUGCGCAACCGGAAUCCGUCUGUCAGUUUCAACAGUGAGAUUAAGUUGGACUCGGGACACCGUCAGAGCAUUGGAGAGCCGCUGGAGAAGCCGUGGCGCGACCGAGGCCGUCCUACGAUGCAUCCGGUUUCAAAAGAAAGGAGAGAUUCACGGGCACACAGCGAAUCAGAAAGGUCGCAUUUCGAUCUUAACACUGGUCGUCGGAUUCCCAGGUUCUCGCAAAGCCCUCCAAGAGAACAAGCACGCAUCGGCGAAGCCCGGUUCCCACUGUUACAAACUACCGUGGAUGAAAUGGCACGAGAAUCACAUACCGAUCUCCCUCAGGCACAGUCAUUGACUUCUCAGUCAACAGCAGAGUCCAAUGAAGAAGCUCUCUUUUCACCACCUCCCGACGACCACUUCCUUCAAUCUCCUACGACCGAAUCUCCUACGACCCCGUUUUCCCAUCGAGCCUUCUCGUACGAGGACUCCAAGCCCUUCCGGAGGACGGCCUCUCAACGAUGGCGAGACGGCGAGGUCGGUGCGUCCCCACAGGACUUUUUCUCACGAGCAGGUAGUUUGCGCAACAGGAGCAUGCGUGACAUUGCAAGCCGUGCUUCUCGGCGAGAAACCUCGGGCUCUACAAAGUCGCCCAUGUCAGCUGCAUCAUCUUUCCUACGUGGUUUUUCCAUGAGCAGUUCGACGAACAUCGGAGAUGCCGACACCGGACCUCUCCCUCCGGACGCCGAGGGUCAGACCAUUGGUGAGGAUUAUGUUCUGGGUGAACAAAUUGGAUAUGGCGGUUUCAGCAAGAUCAGGGCAGUGACACAGCUACAAGAUAGCGGCCAGAGGAAACUUGCUGUCAAGAUUGUCCGGCGGCGCAUCAGCAACAUUUCAGAAGCCGAAAACGAACAAGCGCAGGCUGAAUUUGAGCAUGAAGUCGAGCUCUGGAGGUUCCUCAAUCACCGCAAUAUCCUCCCUCUAGAAGCCGUAUACAAGCUGGACGAAGCUACAUUCUGUUUCAUACCACUGAACGUUGGAGGCACACUCUUCGACCUGGUGCGCUCGAAUCGCAACGGCGUCGAACCUGACGUAGCGAGGAGCUAUGCCUACCAGCUCGCCUCGGCACUACGAUAUCUCCAUCUGGACGCACGAGUCGUGCACCGUGAUAUCAAACUUGAGAACGUCCUCAUCGAACCCUCACCAGAUGGUAAGGCGGGAUUAUUACGCGUUUGCGAUUUCGGUAUGGCAGAAUGGCUUUCGUCGGAUAGCAUUUCGGGCCCUCCGAGCCCAGACUUCCAUGAUACCGAUCGCCCUCCCCGCAAGCACAUGGGACCAGCAGACACGUCAACAUCGGCUUUUGCAGGUGGCAGCCUUGAAUAUGCCGCUCCCGAGAUCCUACGUAUUGCUGAACGUCUCAAGAACAGUGGCCCUGCAGAAAGAGCCAUCGUGUCUCCUGCGGUUGACCUGUGGGCAUACGGGGUUUGUGUGUACAGCAUGGUAGUUGGAUCUCGACCUUUCCAGAAUUCCUUCCAACCGCGCGUGGUCAUGGCGAUUCUAGCAGGAGACUGGAAUCGAGAGCCACUUGCAGAAAAGGGAGGACACGACGUGCUAGAAUUGGUGACGGGCUGUCUCGAUAUGGACGAUACAGCGCGUUGGGACAUUUCUCGCGUCAUGGAGUCUGCAUGGCUAGAAGAUCUCGCUUCGGAUGAGGACAACCUCGAACAAGGCCUGCAUGGCUGGCGGUUGUGA